AUGGAUGCAUCCAAUUUCACUGGGCUUAUUUCUAAUGUCUCUGAUGUUUCUGAUCUACCUCAAUCACUUUGGAACCUGCAGCUUCUGUUCCCUGCACUGGUGUUGUCUCUCUGUUUUCUACUCGGAGUUCCUGGAAACAUCACAGUGAUUAUUCUCAAGCCUAACUGGAGGAAUUUGUCAAGUCUUAGCCAGAGUUUGAUCCUGAAUCUGGCCAUUUCGGACCUUCUCUGUCUCUUGACACUUCCUCUUUGGAUUUACUCAUAUCUCUUUGGCUGGCCAUUUGACCUGAUUACUUGUAAACUUGUGUCAUACCUUGUUUACUGCAGCAUUUAUGGUAGCCUGCUGACUGUGACUGGAUUGAGCAUUCAGCGCUACCUUGUUGUUGUGCGUCAGAGAAGAUGCCAUCAGGUACAAAGAAGGAUGCUGCUGUUUAUGCUCUGGCUUGUUUCCAUCAUCCUUUCCAUCCCUGCUUUGAUGGUUCGAAAUCUGCGAACAAAUCAGCACUGGAUUAGUUGUGAAGCACAGUAUUCUUCUGCCUUCCAGCAGGUGGCUGUUCUCCUUGCAGAGACUGUGUUUGGAUUUGUUUCCAUUUCCCUUGUGGCAUUGUCAUGUGUUUUCCUUUACAGAAAAGUUCAUCAGACUGCCUUUUUCAACCAUUCACAGACAACAAAACUUCUAAGCAGUAUCAUUGUCAGUUUUUUUGUUCUGUGGGCUCCAUAUCAUACCAUAAAUCUAAUGGGAGUGGCAGCUGUAUGUCUAAAGAAUGAUGCCUUGUUAAAGUUGUUUAGAGAGAUUGUAGAUAUUUACAAAGCAGUGACAUUUAUAAAUAGCUGUCUGAAUCCACUCCUGUAUGCUUUCACAUCUAGAAAGAUGAGCAUGUUUUGCAAAAAAAUUAAGCAGUUGCAGCACAAAAUUAGAAAUAAACAACCACAGAUUAGUGUAAUUGCAGAGCCAUAA